AUGAGUUGGUCUCUAACAGAUGUUCGUUUAUGGAUGAUUCGAUAUAUAACGAGUUUUAUUUGGGCUUUUGGUUUUUUAGGAAAUCUAAUUAUUAUAUAUGUUCUUACUCGUAAAAAUUUCUUUCGUAAUUCUUGUGUUCUAUAUCUUCUUGCAGCAUCCAUUAUCAAUAUACUAAGUCUUAGCUGGGGAAUACUACAAUCCCUGUACAAUUUAGAUCAUAUUGAUCCGACUACAUAUUCUUUUGUCUAUUGUAAACUCCGACAAUACAUCAAUCAUACAUUACUUAUGAUUGGUCGAUCACUUAUCGUAUUCGCAUGUAUUGAUCGAUAUGCUAUUUGUAAUGGAUCUGCAAGAUUUCGUUCAUUUUGUCAACCAAAACUAGCUAUUCAAAUGAUUAUUGCAAAUAUAUUCAUAUGGCCUAUUAUAACUGUUCAUAUUGCCUUUGAACAAGUUCUUUAUAAAAACCAAUGUAUUAUGACAAGCCCGUAUAUUAUAAUCUAUGGUUUCUAUUCAGCUAUUGUUGCAGGAAUUGUUCCACCUGUUUUAAUGACUAUUUUCAGUUUAUUAACCAUUCGACAUCGUCGAGAACUUCGAACUAGAUUGAAUGCAGGAAGAAUAAAUAGUCGAAAUGAUCAUACAUUUACAGUUAUGUUAUUCAGUCAAGUAUUUAUCUAUAUUAUUACAACAAGUCUUUUUCCAGCAAUUACUCUCUAUAAAGCUAUUACGAAUACAUAUAUAAAGUCUGCUCAAAGCUUAGACAUAGAAGCAUUUGUAUUUUUCUUUAGUACGUCAUUUUUAGUCUAUCUUAAUCCUGCAUCGGCACUUUACGUAUAUAUUGCAUAA